AUUUCCAAGAAAAAAUAUUCCACAAAUGUUGAUGAACGUAAUUAUUUGACAGUUUUUGAAUAUAAAUUGAAUGAUAACAAUUGGAUCAUAUGGGAUUACUCAACUGGUUAUGUUUUCUUUACAGGAUUAUGGAAAUCUUGUGGUAAUAAUAAAACAGAUAUUGUUAAAUUGGUUGAAAAUUUCCCAAAUUUGUCAAAUGCAGUUAAAAGAGUUCGUGGUGGGUUUUUGAAAAUCCAAGGAACUUGGUUACCUUUCGAUAUUGUUAAGAAUUUGGCCAAGAAUUUCUGUUUCAAUAUAAGAUAUUGUUUAAUUCCAAUCUUUGGU